GCUAGUAAAGGAUCAUUCCAGCGACUUAGUACCCAAUCCUGUUUAAGCUAACCUAAAAGCAAUGUUAUACUUACUAUACGAGGGUAAACGUCUGUUUGGCUGGCGUCAGUAAGCGUGUUAUUAUGAUGUUGUCCUCAGGUGAUAUGCACUAAGAUUGGUUAAUGACGUUGGUAGCUUGAAUCAACCUGCUAGCCGCUAGCUUGUUGCUGGGACACAACAUAUAGGCAUUUCCCACAGAAGUGAGCGAACGCAAAAAUAUCGCUAAGUAUGGCUUUUUAUGAAGUUUACUCUCAUCCUGCUUUGAUUCGGUACAAAGCAGGUGUUUGCACGAGCGCUACUGUCUUUCUCGUUGUGGUUGCUUGCCUCACUUACAUUUCACCGCUGCUGGUGGCUUACAGGAGCCAAGGUUUCUGGAUUAAAAGGAACACAUAUGAAGAACAAGCAGUAAUUAGGUUCCAGUAUGAGACUCUCCUGGUGGCUGCAACCGGUACAAAUGGUGAUUAUGUGGCGUGGAGCACCUUUCCCCAUCUCAACAACCUGCUUGGAAAGAACCUGAGAAUCCCUGCUGUCUCUGUGAGGGAAGAGGACCGGAACCAGGAUGGAAAGUUGGACCGUCUGAUUUUUCAACUGCAGUUACCACUGGAAGAUGAGGAAAAUGUGUACAGUGUUCAGCUGCUAUUGACCUUCAGCUACCAGCUCUUUACAAAAUCAACGGUAGUGAUGCAGAGCCUGGCCUACGUGCAGCACUCCUCCUCUGUCCCUGGAGCAAAGCUGUUUAUCAGUGGAGACCUGAGGCUGCAGCAGAGAACACCCCUGUUUCACCGUGGACUGUUCAACAUUUACAAUGUGUCUGUGAUUGACGGCUCCAGCCCUUUUGCAAGUGCUUAUGACCUCGAUGACAUAGUGAGGCGCUACCAGGAACGCAACCUGACCACGGUACUUUCCUCUCCCAUGCCGGUCUGGACUACUGGACGGGCUGCUAGUUCUCCUUUCCAGCUUGUUGCAGAAAUUCACUACCCUAUGGAGGUUAUUAGCUAUUAUCCCGGCUUCUGGGAAACCAUCAAGUUUGCCUGGAUCCAGUAUGUCAGUGUUCUCCUGAUCUUUCUUUGGGUCUUUGAACGCAUCCAGACAUUUGUUUUCCAGAACCAAGUUUUAACCACUGUACCCAUAACUACUGGAAAACUUCACCAGCAUUGAAAAUCUGUGACAGGGGUAAUUUCUCAAAUCAAUGAAAUUAAUACAUAUGGAGUAAACGCUGUUCUAUCUGCGAAAAUAAAUAAAUAAUUCCUUCAUAAGGAUAUAUAUCCACAGGAUUGCUGCAGAGAAUCAUCUGGAGGCAAAAUCCACUUUAACAAUCUAAAAACAGAUGAUGUGGGAUUACCCCCCCCCCCACACCACACACACACACACACACACAUACAAUGCCUUAUGGUAGCAUUAGCGGACCUGCGCUCCGCAAAUCGAGACGCCACAGAGACUCGCGACCGCCUGAGAACCCCACUCCUCCACGCUGCCCUGCUGUGAGACGCCGACUAGGGCAGUGCCUGGUGUACGUCAAGUGGACUUUAACCUAAUUAGCAGCUUCCCGUCAAAUCUUGAUUCCUGUCUUCAAAAGACUCCUUCCCUGACCAAAAGAUUGGAGGGACACUCCCUUUAAGCAGACUAUGUGGUUAAUAUUCACCCAUGCGCGUGAGGCGCCACCCACUGCCAUUGAGAGGAACUGCAAGCGCCACCUGUUAACGGAAGAUAAAAUGUCUGUUUUGAUGUUUUGCAAACUCUGUAGAAAUAUUCCAAAUGUAUGCCUUGGUGUCUGCGUCACUUCUCAGUCCUCUGCAAUAUUUUGAAAACUGUUCAUGAUUUGAAAUCAAACAGUAUGAAAUGUUGUAUUGAACAAUAACAACCCAUCUGCCACGACCAAAGUUUAAACAACGAUUCUAUGCGUGAGAGUACAAAGUUGGGAGUGUUUUAUAUUAAUAUUACUUUAAAACCCAUUUACUCAAAUUUGUAGACAAGAUUCAGGCUGAUGGGCGUGGUCUUCUCCAAGUCGGCAAAUCCCUCUUCCUACGCCCUUGCAUCUGGUUUUUCUUCAACCUAACCUGCUUCGUUUCCGCCUGAGGUCCGGAGGAAGAUCACCCCAAAGACCAGCUGAUCUGGGUUCGUGAGUCGACACUGCAAUCCUUACUGUGAUGUACAACAUCAGUGCUUAAUAAUUGUGGGGCUAUUACUAGCUUCAUACCAAAUCCCAACUUUGCCUUCUCUCGCUCUGACUCAACACAUUAAACGCUCACACGCUCAUUUAUUUUAGCCCAGCGACCACACACAUGAUGUUCUCAUUUCCAUUUUCGUACGCCUCAUUUUCUUUCUUUGUUUUACCUUCGGUGUUAUUUUCUUUUUUUGUAGUUUGUAGUUGUCGUCGUGUGUUUUAUUAAAUAUACCGUAAAAUUUCACUCUUGGUCGUAUUUUGUGUGUGUUCCGAUUUUAAGUAAACCUCUGUAACCUAGGACUCAAAAUGUCGUAGAGUGUAGCAACCUCCAGGUAAUGAGACUGAUUUAAAAGGUUUGUCGUCAUUUCACCUAAAGUUAAACUUGUAAAAAGUGACGUGGUACCCUUUUCCGAUACAUUAAUUUGAUUUUAACAAUUAAAUUCUAAAUUUCGAUAAACGGGAAGUAACGCAACCAUCACUCCCGGCUUAUUACUUUCUCUGAAAUUAAGUAAAUUCUUAUUUGACAUAAACUCUACAUAUUGGUGCCCCGUGUGAGGAGAUUUCAAGUUUUUGAAUUCAGAACACACAAAGAUAUUUUCAGGAAGAUCGACACAUCUUGUGCGUGGCACGUCUCAACGUAAUCUGUGGUGAGCAGCAUUCCGUACCAUAGACACAGCGUUGUAGUGCUUGUAAACGUGAGAAAACUAAGAUUAGCCUCUCAGUAAAAUUAGAGCGUUAAUUACUUUGUGGGGUGGGGGGGGCACACGUGGCAUGUGCGGCGGCCGCCAUUUUGCUUGUCUGCUGUGUGUAUUGAGGUUCGUCAUGUGGUCGUUCACGUAACAUUUAGAGACUUCCGUAGUCCGCAAUCUUUGCCGUCCACGUGACGUCAUGUGUCUCUUCUUCGAUUGGUCUGUGCGCUCAACUGCCACCUCAUGGACAUAUGCGUCAUGACGUAACCUCCGACCCCCUCCUUCUCGAAGUUAGCCGUUAGCAACUAACGCGCUAGCAAGCUACUGACGAGCGCAUACAAAGACGCCCGACCAAUCGAUGAUUGUUACUUUGGGAGCAAUAAACUUAGUUUGUAUCUGUCGCACCACAUUAUGCUUUUCUGCUGUUUUGCGAGAGCUUUUCCGCUAGUUUUAACCUCGCGCUGCGCGCCAUGCAGCCUGCAGCCGGUGCGUCGCCGAGCAAUCGCUGGCCGUUUAACUAGACACUAAGGUACUGCAUUCACCCACGAUUGCAAGUGUUCUUCCAUCCAUCCAUUUUCUACCGCUUAUCCGGGUCGGGUCGCGGGGGCAGUAGCUUUAGCAGGGACGCCCAGACUUCACUCUCCCCAGCCCCUUCAUCCAGCUCUUCCGGGGGGAUCCCGAGGCGUUCCCAGGCCAGCCGAAGGACGUAGUCUCUCCAGCGUGUCCUGGGUCGUCCCCGGGGUCUCCUCCCGGUGGGACGUGCCCGGAA